CACGGCCGCGAAGGGAUGCGGGAAGGGCCGGACGCGCCGGGCUCAAAUACAGCAGACUCCGGCGCCACCGCGCACGCACGCACGCACGCGGAGCGGGGGCCCUGUCCAAAGCGCGUGAUCCAUUUCCUCCUCGCUUCCUUCUCUCUCGGUCUCGGUGCGUGCGUCACUCCGUCGGCCCGUCCCCCUCACCGGCGACUUGUCGCCUCGCGGCCACUCCCAGCCCCAGAAUUCUUGGCCUCUCCCCUCGGAGCAGCGUGGGCGCGUGUGUUGCGAGCCAUGGCCGGCGAGAAGAGGAUGUUCGGCUUCGAGGAGGUCGCCAAGCACAACGUCGCCAAGGACUGCUGGCUCGUCAUCGCCGGCAAGGUGUAUGAUGUCACCCCUUUCAUGGAUGAGCAUCCUGGUGGAGAUGAGGUACUGCUGGCAGUAACCGGGAAAGAUGCAACCAGCGAUUUCGAAGAUAUCGGACACAGUGAUUCCGCAAGGGAGAUGAUGGAGAAGUACCACAUCGGGGAGAUUGAUGCUUCAACCAUCCCAGCAAAGCGUACAUUUGUACCUCCUCAGCAAGGGUCCCAUGUCCAGGCCAAGGAUAGCGACCUCCUCAUCAAGAUCCUGCAGUUUCUUGUUCCCAUUUUAAUCUUGGGGCUUGCAUUUGGUGUCCGGCACUACAGCAAAUCUGAGUAGGCUGUUGUUGGCGAGUUGCUUCGGAGAAAUAGCUUUCAAGUAAUAUGGUUUGAGGUAGAACAACAUAAUAAUGGUAUUGGUUGGCUGGUUUGAGUUAGAACAACAUAAUGAUGGUAUUCGUUGGGUGGCAGUGUGUUGUCUCAUUGAUCAUACAAGGCACUCUCAGUUCCAAACAUCUAUAUGUAUGCUCAGAUUACUCGAAUUAUGUUUACAUUCUCAACAUAUGGAGUCUCUACAUAUUUUUUUA